AUGAGCGAUUAUCUCGGUGAUGAAAACGAAGACAUAAUAGUGGAGCUAGUGAAAGCAGCAACGACGACUACAAUAGCUUCCUCACUGCCACUCUCCACACCUCCAUCAUCAGCUCAUCUGAUAACGAACAGUGAUUCGUUAGCCAGUCAUAUUCUCGAGACCGUGUCGUCGUCUUCUGCUUCAUUAUCUACAGUAACGGGUUUAAUCAUCGACAGUGACCUCUCGUUGGGAUCGAUCCUGCUAGCCAUCAUAAUGGGUGCUCUUUCAAUUAUUACCGUUGUUGGCAAUUUGGCUGUUCUCUUUUCAUACUACAUUGAUAAGAAUAUUCGACAACCCAGCAACUAUUUCAUCUUCUCACUUGCCGUCUCCGAUUUGAUGUUUUGUAUUGUGAUUGAUCCAAUCUGA